CUUCUCUUCAGAAGGUUGACCUCGAAUGAGGAACCACCUAGAAGGGAAGGGAGGGGCUGCGGCGGGACGGGCACAGCCCGCCGGGCCCGAGGCAGGGGUCGGCGAGGUCACGUAACGGCUGUUCUGGCGUCUGACCGGGGAGGGGGCGCCCGCCCCGGCAGCCCCAACCCUGCGCGCGCCGCGGCUCGGAGACAGUUAGCGGCUAGUAAACAACAGCUGCGCGCGCACCCGCAUCAGCUGGCGCUGGGAUCCCGCACCUGCGACCUCCUCCUCCCUUCAUCCCCGACGCCCUCCUGCCCAGUCAGGGCCAGCCAGCGUGGCCGUCUCUUCUGCGGACACCCGAAGGAAAAACGGCGAGGGGCUAACCUGUGCCGGGGCCGGGUAGAGGAGAAAGCGUCUCCCGGCCAAGGGGUGGCCCGUCCUAUCACGCAGGAGAAACCUAGUGGGCCGACCGUGAGCUCAGUGGACUAGCAACGACCUGCUACGACCCGAGGUGUCUUGAUCUGCUAGCCUCCUUCUCCCAGAUCCCAGGGACCUUUCUGCCAGGAGAAGAACCGACACGCCACCCCCGCAGAUUUCUCGGAAGCAGGAAUCCGCUCUGUCCCUGCAUCCUCCUCUGCUCACCCUUCUAUCCUUAUUCUCUUCCAUCCAGUAGUGUGGGUUAUUUUUCCCGUUAUGCAUGCGCACCUCUCCCACCAGACCCAAGUGGAUUAUCGGCCUCAGAAACAUCGAGUGGUUCUGCACACACCUCCUCCCAGCGAGACCUGUGGGGUAUUCACGUGAUACACAACAGGUGCCGGUUUGCACCUUUUUGCAAUCUGAUCCACCCUAUAUUUGCUUGAUAAGGGUGGGCCUGAACGCACUUUGCUCACCUAGAACAGUGGGACGCUCACAGAUAAAAGACUAACUACCUCGACAGGAGCCUGGGUGUUGGGAGGGAGGCUUUACCUGCUGCUCUGAGACCAUGGCACUGAGCCCUCUGCCCUGGACCAGAGGAGAUAGCUAGGUAGCUCUUCUUUCUGAAGGAACGAAAUUACACAAGAUUGGCAUCAUUUUGUCUUUUUUUUUUUUUUCCCUUGAAAAAUAUUUUUCAGCUAUUGGUGGUGCACUUUCUAGGACAGUCGGAUUGAAUUCUGAGUGGAAGGAUUCUUAUUUGGGGCUUUUUGUGUGGUGUGAAUCCAAGUAAUUGAGCUGGGUGUUUUUGUGUGUUUUUUUAAGUUAUCUUUUCUUUUUUUGCAAUCAAGACUAACUAGCUUAGGAGGAAGAUUUUGCGAGUUUUCCUCUUUUUCUUUGUCCUUAAAAAAGGAAAAGAAAAAGAAAUGCAUCCUCCAGAAACCACCACCAAGAUGGCUUCAGUUCGGUUCAUGGUGACACCAACAAAGAUCGAUGACAUUCCAGGUUUAUCAGACACAAGCCCGGACCUCAGCUCUCGAUCUAGUUCCAGAGUAAGAUUCAGCUCCCGGGAAAGUGUGCCUGAAACAAGCCGUAGCGAGCCUAUGAGUGAGAUGUCUGGGGCCACCACUUCACUGGCAACUGUUGCACUGGAUCCAGCCAGUGACCGAACUUCAAACCCUCAGGAUGUUACAGAUGACCCGAGUCAGAGCUCCAUCACAGGGGAACACAGCCAGCUGUUAGAUGAUGGGCAUAAGAAAGCUCGAAAUGCUUAUCUCAGUAAUUCUAAUUAUGAAGAAGGAGAUGAAUAUUUUGAUAAAAACUUGGCACUCUUUGAGGAAGAAAUGGACACCAGACCAAAGGUGUCUUCUCUCCUCAAUCGCAUGGCCAAUUACACUAAUCUGACACAAGGAGCAAAGGAACAUGAAGAGGCAGAAAACAUCACUGAAGGGAAAAAGAAGCCCACCAAGACCCCCCAGAUGGGUACCUUCAUGGGUGUCUACCUCCCAUGUCUACAAAAUAUUUUUGGAGUGAUCCUCUUUCUACGUCUUACAUGGGUGGUGGGCACAGCUGGUGUUCUUCAGGCCUUUGCAAUUGUCCUUAUCUGCUGCUGCUGUACAAUGUUGACUGCUAUCUCCAUGAGUGCCAUUGCCACCAAUGGAGUGGUGCCAGCUGGGGGCUCAUACUUUAUGAUUUCUCGGGCACUGGGCCCAGAGUUUGGUGGGGCCGUUGGCCUCUGCUUUUAUCUUGGUACUACUUUUGCAGCAGCCAUGUAUAUCCUUGGUGCCAUUGAAAUUUUUCUGGUAUAUAUUGUCCCCCGGGCUGCCAUCUUUCGCAGUGAUGAUGCACUUAAGGAAUCAGCAGCCAUGCUAAAUAACAUGCGUGUGUAUGGCACAGCCUUCUUGGCCCUCAUGGUACUGGUGGUAUUCAUCGGCGUACGCUAUGUGAACAAGUUUGCCUCACUUUUCCUGGCCUGUGUCAUUGUGUCCGUCUUGGCCAUCUAUGCUGGGGCCAUCAAGUCUUCUUUUGCUCCUCCACAUUUCCCGGUCUGCAUGCUGGGUAACCGUACCCUUUCAUCAAGACACAUUGACAUUUGCUCCAAGACCAAGGAAAUUAAUAACUUGACAGUCCCAUCAAAGUUGUGGGGCUUCUUCUGUAACUCAAGUCAAUUUUUCAAUGCCACCUGUGAUGAGUACUUUGUUCACAAUAAUGUCACUUCGAUCCAGGGCAUUCCUGGAUUGGCUAGUGGUAUCAUUACAGAGAAUCUUUGGAGUAAUUAUCUACCCAAGGGAGAGAUCAUUGAAAAGCCCUCAGCCAAAUCAUCUGAUGUCUCGGGCAGUUUAAACCAUGAAUAUGUUCUUGUUGACAUCACCACCUCCUUCACUCUUCUAGUAGGGAUCUUCUUUCCCUCUGUCACAGGCAUCAUGGCUGGAUCAAACAGAUCUGGGGAUCUCAAAGACGCUCAGAAGUCCAUUCCCAUUGGCACUAUCCUUGCCAUCCUGACCACCUCCUUUGUCUAUUUAAGCAAUGUUGUCCUUUUUGGUGCAUGUGUUGAAGGGGUUGUUCUCAGAGACAAGUUCGGGGAUGCUGUGAAAGGUAAUUUGGUGGUGGGCACCUUAUCAUGGCCAUCCCCAUGGGUAAUUGUUAUUGGUUCCUUCUUUUCAACGUGUGGGGCUGGACUUCAGAGCCUCACAGGGGCACCAAGGCUGCUACAGGCUAUUGCCAAGGAUAACAUCAUACCAUUUCUGAGGGUUUUUGGUCACAGCAAAGCCAAUGGGGAGCCUACCUGGGCUUUACUUCUAACUGCUGCCAUUGCAGAGCUGGGAAUCCUUAUUGCCUCCCUGGAUCUUGUGGCCCCAAUUCUUUCCAUGUUUUUUCUCAUGUGUUACCUCUUUGUGAACUUGGCAUGUGCCUUGCAGACAUUACUUCGAACCCCCAACUGGAGACCCCGAUUCCGCUACUACCACUGGGCCCUCUCUUUCAUGGGAAUGAGUAUCUGUCUGGCUCUGAUGUUCAUUUCUUCCUGGUAUUAUGCCAUUGUAGCUAUGGUAAUAGCUGGUAUGAUCUACAAGUACAUUGAGUACCAGGGAGCUGAGAAAGAAUGGGGUGAUGGUAUUCGUGGGCUGUCCCUCAGUGCAGCCCGGUUUGCUUUGCUUCGGCUAGAAGAAGGCCCUCCACACACUAAAAACUGGAGGCCUCAGUUGCUUGUAUUACUGAAACUAGAUGAAGACUUACAUGUCAAGCAUCCUCGCCUCCUCACCUUUGCCUCACAGCUGAAAGCAGGAAAGGGUCUCACUAUUGUGGGCUCUGUCAUCGUGGGGAACUUCCUGGAGAACUAUGGCGAAGCUUUAGCUGCUGAGCAGACCAUAAAGCACCUAAUGGAGGCAGAGAAGGUAAAAGGAUUCUGCCAGCUGGUGGUGGCCGCCAAGCUGAAAGAGGGCAUUUCCCACCUCAUCCAGUCAUGUGGCCUUGGAGGCAUGAAGCACAAUACAGUGGUGAUGGGCUGGCCUAAUGGCUGGCGCCAAAGUGAAGAUGCCCGCGCUUGGAAGACUUUUAUUGGCACAGUUCGAGUGACAACUGCUGCCCGUCUUGCUCUGCUGGUGGCUAAAAACAUCUCCUUCUUUCCCAGCAACAUGGAGCAAUUUUCUGAGGGCAACAUUGAUGUGUGGUGGAUUGUGCAUGAUGGGGGGAUGCUCAUGCUAUUACCAUUCCUACUGAAACAGUACAAGGUAUGGCGAAAAUGCAGCAUACGGAUCUUCACAGUAGCCCAACUAGAAGACAACAGUAUCCAGAUGAAGAAGGACCUUGCUACCUUCCUAUAUCAUCUGCGCAUUGAGGCCGAGGUGGAAGUGGUGGAGAUGCAUGACAGUGACAUAUCAGCUUAUACUUAUGAGCGCACUCUGAUGAUGGAACAAAGGUCCCAGAUGCUCCGGCACAUGCGACUAUCCAAAACAGAGCGGGACAGAGAGGCACAGUUGGUGAAAGACCGAAACUCAAUGCUACGAUUGACCAGCAUUGGCUCUGAUGAGGAUGAAGAGACAGAAACCUAUCAGGAGAAGGUGCAUAUGACCUGGACAAAAGACAAGUACAUGGCAUCCCGAGGGCAAAAAGCCAAGUCAAUGGAAGGAUUCCAGGACCUGCUUAACAUGCGUCCGGACCAGUCCAAUGUAAGGCGGAUGCAUACAGCAGUGAAGCUCAAUGAGGUUAUAGUUAACAAGUCCCAUGAAGCAAAGCUAGUUUUGUUAAAUAUGCCAGGGCCACCCAGAAACCCUGAGGGUGAUGAAAACUACAUGGAGUUCCUAGAAGUACUCACCGAGGGACUAGAGCGAGUCCUCCUUGUCCGGGGUGGUGGCAGUGAAGUGAUCACCAUUUAUUCAUAAUCUACUUCUGAAUGACUCUUCUUGGCCUCACCUUUACUAAAUGGCUUCCAUCCUCCAUGGAAGUGCCAGCUCUUUACUCUUUACACUCCCACUCAGCUACAGGCCUGUGUUCUCUACACAUCACACUGAACUCUUGAUGAGCUAAGCCUCAAGGACUUGUGCAAAAGAAUACAAAUAGAUUUGCUCUUUACUCCCAUGUGAUCUGCUGUCUUACAGAAGAAGCACAUACUUCCUCAACAUCAGAACAAUGAUCAAGUCCUAAAAGUCAUGUCUGUACCCGUCAAAGGCAAAUUAGAAUUAACAAGCUAAGCCAAUAAAUGGAUUAGUAAAAGGGAUGCUACAAAUUCAACUGAAGACAAAAAGCAAAUAUAUAUCCAACAUUAAAGAUGAGUCUAAGAAGUCAUGGUUUAGUGAUGGCACCGUGGGGGUAAAAGCUAGACACAGCCUCAUCCUACUAAAGAAUUCAAGGCCAAGUAUAUGGGAACCUGUUACCCUUGUGGAGAUAACCUGUGGCAAGCCAAGAUGGAAACCUUUUUUAGCUAAUUUUCUUUAGUUGUACCCAGCACUCUCCAGGAGUCUAAUUUUAUAUUAGGGUACUAAUGUACAAAACCUGAAACAUGGCUGUAGCCUCUACUUUGUCCUUGAAAACAAGAUUCCCCCAAGGUACCAAGUUUAAGCAUCCAUACUGUCAGUGUAUAUCUUAAACUAUUAUAUCUUAAUUCAGAACCCAUUCUGUGUUGCCAUAGAAAUUGUCUUUUAAAAGGUAAAAAUGAUUUCUUUCAAGUUCUUUUCAAAUGGCUAAACUAAGGAAUUCCAAAAGGUAGCUAUUAAGAUUUAUUGAAAUACAGUCUAUGGUUAUCUACAUGACAUGGGCAAACGUAUAUGCUGUUAUCUCAGAAACAUAAGUCAUGAUACACAUUGGCCAGUAGGUUCUCUUUUCCUUAUUUUUGUGCCCUCUGAGGGCACAGGUCAAAAAUCACAAGGAUCAAACACUAGGAAGACUGUCUAAAAUCCUUCUUUGAAAGCUUUGGACUGUCUUUUAAGGGGGGAAUCCAGCAAUGGAACUGGAAGUUCUAGAGCCAUAUUCUUUCCAUAGUGCCAAAGUUAUUGAGCUGCUACUCUCCUUACCUACUUCACUAAAGUGGCAUACAGAUUGGCAUUGGCCUGAUUCAAGAAACUUUUUUCUCUUAGAAACCUGUGGCCUCAUCUCCAAAGCCAUAGUUAAGACUUGAGGCACUCACCUAAAUGCCCAAAGUAUGUGCAUUUUUCCCCUUUUCCUUUCAAUUUUAUUCUUCACUCUAAGUGCAGAAACUUGGCUCUGAACUAUUAUCUAAGCCAAUGGUGUUCUGCUAUUUCAGUUUUGUUUUCAGAAAGCUCUAAAUGUGCCAAGGAAAUAACUUAUUGCAAGCUCAGCUUUUUAUUUACUAAUUUACUGAUCACAAAACACCUGGCUCACAAGCAUAGGGAAACUGGCUGAGCAGUAAUUUCAAGUACAAGAGUACUUCAAAAAGUUCAUGGAAAAUAGAAUUAAAAUACAAAUCUUUCUUUGAACUUUUUGAAGUACCCUCAUAUGUGAGAUCUUCAUUUCUUACGGGAUAGUUAUUUACAGAAACUGUUCUUGCCAGUAUCCAUGGUUGUUUUUGAAUCUCACCUUAUUAAUAAUGUCUCUCCUUAGAUUAAUAGGAUAUGGAGCAAGCUGACCUACAUGUCACAGAUUAUUCAUUUCACCCAUAAGGACAGAGAAGAAAACCCUUCAGUAUGGCUUAAGAAAUUGAGUUAUUUUUAUUUGUUCCUUUUGCUCCUCUUUAAUCUUCCAGGCCCACUCAAGGUAACAAAGCAGACAGGAUCUUAAGUUUUUUCUGCUCCUUCCUGCAGCGGGUAGAAUUGUUUACAACUACCAUUGCAUCACUCCAUUGCUUAGUUGAGUAUAGCAGUAGUGGGUCAGGUCCCCUAGACCUCAAGAUCUUAAAGACCUAUAGUGUAAAAGUCUGCCUGCCCAGCAAUUCUCCUACAUUUACAAACACCUCUGGCCAUAGUGAUAUGUAUUUUUUCCAUAUAAAAUAAAUAUGGGCAGAAAAUAACGUUAGUUUUAGAAGUGCUGUUUGUGGUUGGAGCUCUGUAAGAAUCUUUUAAAGGGAUAAGGGAACUAGUGACUAUUAGUAUAGCCAUUACUUCAGCCCCUAAAACAAAAUCACUGUUACAUGGAAAAAUGGUUAUUAGACCAGAUUUUUACUCAUCUGUCUAGAGCAUUUCAUGUCUACAUGUAUUGCUGUUUGUCUGCAAAGUGUCUAGUCUCUUUUAAUCACUGCAAAUAAAGCAAUACCGAAAACUUGAUGAGAGAGAAUGCACCUUAGGGGAAGGGGCUUUAUGUUUCAAGAGGGAAGAGAAAGGAAAGAGACCUCCUCCUGCCUUUUAUAAGAUCCAGCUUUUAAGUCUUACCUAUGACUUUACCAGGGCAGGUUAUAAUAUACCUUCUCCUAUUGCUGGCCCUCUGCCUUCCAUAGCUAUCUUAAAAGCUGAAGUUUGAACUGCAGCAUCUCCUUGACAGGUGCCAGGUUCCUCUUGGCAGGAGAAAGAUCACUACUUUGUAUCUUCCAUUGCCUCAGAUUCCUGUGGCCCCAAGGAUCCCACCGAACCUCAUUCCCCCUAAACAUGUUAAAAAUCCCUUAUUGUGGGUGUGUAAAUAACAAUUACACUGUAAGCAUAUUUAUGUGCUCUUUUUGUCUGGUUUAUUUUUCUUUUCAUCAUGUAUAAUCUGAAUCGAGCAUUAGUUUCUCAAAUAUUUCCCAAGUGUCUCCAGAAUUUUUAUAUCUUAGCUUGUGUUACAUAGAAGUAAAAUAUUAAGGAAAAUAGAUUUAAGAUAAACUUGUGCAACUUUUUUUAAAGCAUUGUUCUCAACCAUUUAAUUUAUUGAAAGGAGAUGCUGCUAUGGUUCUUGAUUUGGCAGCAGCCAUUCUUUGUUUACAUAGAGUUAUAAUUUUAUUUGUUGUUUUGUUCUGUAUUGGAAACAUAAAUAAAGUUUUCUACAUUAUUUUCAGUCAA